CCUUUCCCCCAGUGCACAGCAAGAGAGUACCAAAGCCACGGCAGCAGAAUGGAACACUACCGGAGGGCUGGCUCUGUAGAGCUCCCAGCAUCUUCACCAAUGCCCCAGCUACCUCCUGACACCCUGGAAAUGCGAGUCCGAGAUGGGAGCAAAAUCAGAAACCUUCUAGGACUGGCUUUGGGUCGGCUGGAGGGGGGGAGCACAAGGCAUGUGGUGUUCUCAGGCUCUGGUCGGGCCGCUGGGAAGGCUGUCAGCUGUGCGGAGAUUGUCAAACGACGGGUCCCAGGCCUACACCAACUCACCAAGCUUCGUUUCCUGCAAACUGAGGACAGCUGGGUCCCAGCCUCACCAGACACAGGCCUAGACCCCCUCACAGUUCGACGUCACGUGCCUGCAGUGUGGGUACUACUCAGUCGGGACCCCCUGGACCCCAGUGAAUGUGGCUACCAACCCCCAGGAGCGCCCCCCGGCCUGGGCUCCAUACCUAACUGUGGUCCCAGACCCCGAAGAAGGGCUCGGGACACCCGGUCCUGAAGACCAGCUGAGCCCGAUUGUACUCUAGACCUGAAUAUCUGCCUUGUGUAAGAAGCGCAGUGUGACACUGAGCAUGCCAGCCAGGCUUGAGUCCACUCAAGUCUUGCCUGCCCUCCCAUCCCUCUGGUUUGGGGUGGCAUUGCUAUGAGGAAUGGAAGGUGUGGGUCAGUGCUGAAUUAAAGACUGCUUGAGAAGGGCUUA